UUUUAGCCUUCCGGAAGUGCGUGGCUCUGAGGAAAUAUGGCGCACAGAGCAGUGAAUAUACCAGUGGUAUUUAUUGUUUCAAUCUAUUCGUUUAUCGCAUUUUGUUUGUCUGUUUUCGUCGUUUUUGCAGCAGUGCAAACAGUAAACGCCGACAAUGUGUUCAGUGCAAGUCACACGGCUACUUUACCCAUCGCUGCCGCUAGGGAUCUACGGUACCUUUUGUAUGACGUGAACCCCCCGGAGGGUUUCAAUCUGCGGAGAGAUGUCUAUAUCCGCAUGGCCUCCCUGGUGAAGACUUUGAGAAAGGAGGGGGAUGACUGGGUAUUGGUGCUGCCCCCAUGGGGUCGCCUCUACCACUGGCAGAGCUCCAACAUCCACCAGAUUCGCAUCCCGUGGGGAGAGUUCUUCAGCCUCAAUAGCCUGCAGGCCAAUGUUCCUGUCAUUGAGUAUGAGGAAUUCAUUGCUGAGAAUGGAGGCCCCUUCAUUGACCAGGUUCUGGUACUGCAAAACUACGCUGAGGGAUGGACUGAUGGGAAAUGGGAGGAAAAAGUUGAUGAGCGGCCGUGUAUUGACAAGUUGAUGUACUCCAAAGAUAAACAGGGUUACUACAGGGGCUGGUUUUGGGGCUAUGAGGAGACGAGAGCUCGAAAUGUAACGUGUAUAUCAGCCCAAGGCCACGCCUCCAUCAUGGCCCCAGUUCUUCAGAAAAACAUAACCGUGACAUCAGUUCUGCUCGACCGAGCAGAGACGCUCCUCCAUGAUCACUAUGCCGGGAAGGAUUACUGGGAUACUCGCCGCAGUAUGGUUUUUACCAAGCACCUGAGACUUAUAGGAGAUGACUUCAGAGCAAAGUACCUGAACUCUACAGAUGACAGAGACCAUACCAUUUACAGUGAGGAUUGGACUCGCAUGAAAGCCAAGCUGGGCUCAGCUAAAGGUGGUCCAUAUCUGGGGGUCCACCUGCGCAGAAAGGACUUUAUCUGGGGUCACAGAGAGGAUGUACCCAGCCUUAAGGGGGCAGUGAAAAAAAUGCGCAGCUUGAUGAAAAAGCAUAAACUCGACAAUGUGUUUGUUGCGACAGAUGCUGAUGAGGAAGAGUUAAAGGAGCUGAAAAGGUUGUUGCCAGAUAUGGUGCGGUUUGAGCCAUCCACAGAGGACCUGGAGCUCUUUAAAGAUGGAGGGGUGGCCAUCAUUGACCAGUGGAUAUGUUCUCAUGCAAGAGUCUUCAUAGGGACAUCAGUGUCCACCUUCUCUUUCCGGAUCCAUGAAGAGAGGGAGAUCUUGGGUUUUGAACCCAAAACUACAUACAAUCGUUUCUGUGGGGACACUGAGAAAGAAUGUGAACAGCCCACACACUGGAAAAUUGUUUAUUGAUCUGACCUCUCACUUUCCUGACACACACAAGUGCCAAAAACAGUGUUAAAAGUGACAUUUAUUUGUAUGGAAUACACAAGAUAUUUCUGUUUUAUGGUGUGUUUUUAUUUUUUUAUUUUAGUUUACUUUACUUUUUACGGUUUCAGAGUUGUGCAAUCAGGUCUCUAGUGACCACUGUGACUGAACCUUAUGCACAAAAGGCCAAGAAUGGGCUGCCAAACAUGUAUUACUGUAAGUAAAUCUGCAAAUAUUUUUUAUGUUGAAUGCGGAUCCUUUAUGACAGCCUGGUAUUUUACAUAAUUUCUGAUAUUUAUUACCAGCUCCACUGGUGAGAAUAAGUGUCCUUUAAUGACUGCAGCAGAAAGUGUUGGAUGGAAGUAUUCUCAGUUUAACAUUUUGUGAGAUUCAAAGAUGUUCUGCAUUUAAAUUUUGACUAUUCUAUUUUUUCCCCGUUGGAAAUAACACCACAGAAGUAUGAAGGAGCAUUCGGAGAUCAUGAACAUAGUGGAUUUUUAAUUAACCCUGUCUUGUUUCUUGUGUUUACGUACCCGUGUUACUUAAAAAGUAUUGUGUGUAACCCCUAUGUCUAAACAAUGUGUUGAAUGCAUUGCCUUCUUCACUGCCUUUGUUUUAGCACAUUACGUAGGUUUUUUUUUAGCGUGUCACUGCCACUGACUGUUUGAAAGGACAGGAAAGUAUAUUGCGUGGCCACGCCUUUGCACAAGAUCCAAAAAAAGGGGAUCCGCUCACAAAAACACUGGUGCACAGUGCCAUUAGUGGUCAAAAUCUCCACAGGAUACCUUUUUAAAAUUAAAGACCAGAAAAGAAGCUAAUGAUUCCCAGCUCACAAUUUGUUAAAAAAAAAAAAAAAAAAAAAAACGGUGAAUUUCGCUUCUGCUUUCAUUGUUUUUGAGUUUGUUUUUUCAUAUUUUUAUGCAUUUCCAGUAUUAUAACAUUUGUUACAUGGGAUUACAUGACAAUAUAACUGAUGUUGGAAAAAUAGGAAAUAUGACAGACAUUGUAAAUUAUAAUAUUAUGAUGAAUUUGUAUGAUGCUUCGUUCAGCCUUCUCUUUUUUUUAUUUGGCAUUGACCAUAAUAGUGUUAUUGUUAUAUUGAUGCUAUCGUUGAAAGGAAUUGAAAUGCCACGGUGCCACUGUGUCUUGUCAACGCUAGCCAUGAAGCUGUUAUGUAAUAACACACAACACACCCCAUUUUUUCCACUCAGAGGAUCGUCUGGUAUGGGCAUUGUCUCAUGACCAGUAGUUGUGUAAUUUUGGUGUUAAAUAAAAGUUUUUAGCAGACUUUAAACAUGGCAGUAAACCGAUUUGUGAAGAUGAAAA